AUGGAUGAAGCGAGUGGAUCACCAUCCGCACCGAACGGACCAGAAAUUGACAUGCCGGCAAACUUGCUCCCAUAUAAGAGAACGGAAUAUCCAGAUGUCAUGCCUGAUGCGUCUAAACUUGGCUUCUGCAUACUUCAUUUCGAGGGAAUAAACAUUGUCGUGCGGAAUGCUAAAAAGAAUUUGUCUCAAUACCUGUGCGGUCGCUGA